GAACUGGAGCACAUUAUCUGUCAGAUGAUGCAUGUUGCGGAGUAUCUGGAGUGGGACGUCACAGAACUGAAGCCGAUUUUGGAGGAGAUGAUGCAGGAGAUUGACUAUGACCGUGAUGGGAUGGUUUCUCUUGAAGAGUGGGUCCAGGGUGGCCUGACCACCAUUCCUCUGCUAGUGCUGCUGGGACUCGAAACUAAUGUAAAGGAUGACGGGCAGCAUGUGUGGAGACUGAAGCACUUCAGUAAACCGGCAUACUGUAACCUGUGUCUGAAUAUGUUGAUCGGAUUGGGAAAGCAAGGCCUUUGCUGCUCCU